AUGUCAUGCGUCUUCAAUAACAUGGACCGCAAGGUUCGGGUAACGCUGGGAUUGACAUUCACAGAUUCUGCCGAUCGAGAACAAUCACCCGGAAGUGAUGUGUCAGAUCUCCCUGAUGAUACACUAGAUGAUCAAGAAGCAGAGGACCCGGGGACCGCACUGGUGAAUCCAUUAGUGAAUGGUCCUCCUACCUUCAUGUCAUCGAGCAAUGGAAGGAUGUUUUACUUAGGAACCUCUUCGAACUGGUCAUUCACUCGCCGUGUAUUGAGUAUGGCACAUCAACAUGUGUACCAGGAAGUACUACCGACAGAUGCAUUGAUAUUUGAAGGCUCCGCCUACGACUUGGACUCAAUGGAGUCGGAGCCAGAUUCCAUUCUCAAGCACCCCAUCAUCCCGAGCAUGGACCAUGCUCUACAUCUCAUAAAAACUGUGAAUUUCCGCUGCGGCCAAAUAUACCAUAUAUUUGAGGAGUCUGAAUUUAUGAGAUCCGUUCACGAAUUCUACGCCGAAGACGGAGCACAGAGGAGAGGGCUUUGGUACAUCCAAUUUCUUCUCAUUCUGGCAUUUGGGAAAGGCUUCAGCCAAACCAAAACAAACAAUAGUAGCCCGCCCGGGAUUGAUUACUUCGCAAAGGCCAUGCAAAUGCUGCCCAAUCACAAUCGGCUUUACCUCUCCCCAAUAAUAUCAACCGAGAUUUUGUGCUGCAUAUCUAUAUUCUAUCAAUCCCUUGACUGCCGGAGUCCAGCACACAACUAUAUCGGCCAAGCUAUGCGACUGGCCAUGAGUCAUGGCAUGCAUACCUCGAUGCCAGCCAGAGAACUAGGUAUUGACGUUGUUGAGAGAUGUCGCAAGAUCUGGUGGACUAUCGACAUCCUCAACAGACAGAUGACCUGCGUUCAGGGCCUGCCCCAGUCCAUUGACGAUAAAUUCGUGCAAACGAGUCUGCCGUCCUUUGGAGGACGCGCUUUGAAAGUGUCAACGCUCGACAUGCACAUCAAGCUGAGCCGAAGUAUUUCUGAUAUCAACAAAACGGUCUAUGCCAUCGACGGACGGAUCAAUCGAAAGUUCUUGCUGAGCACCAAAAAGGCAUUAUCUGCCUUGGCAGGUCUCGCCGAUGAGCUCCGGUGCAAAUUUCCACUGGAUCUCGAUGGGAAAGCCAACGGUAUUCCUCGAGCAUCGGCCAACUUGCACCUAUUCUAUCAGCAGUGUGUGAUAGUAGCUACAAGACCCCUUCUAUUCUGCUUCCUCAAAGUCCGAUUCGAGUCGCCAGAGACAUGCACAGAAUUUCUCGGCAAGUCACACACCGUCAGAAAUCUCAUUCAAAUGUGCCUGGAAUCCGCACAGCACAGUAUCCGCAUUCUACUCUGUUUGAAAUCUCAAGGACUACUCGAAACCUUCCUCGCUUUCGACUUAGAAUCAAUCUUCACCUCCACCGUCGUCCUACUAAUGGGACCAGCGAUCGAUCCCAAACUACCCAACGAUCGCUCAUGGUGGCCCGAGAAAGCUUACGAAAUCUUCCGAGAGAUGGUCGAAGCAGGUAAUCGGGUCGCCAGACUGCGGUGGUCAGAGCUCCAGCAGCUCGAAAUGACUCUUCACGACAUUCCUUCUGAACAACCCCAGCCUCCAAGGCCAACUGUUACAACUCGCCAGAAUGCAGCACCGACUCAACUGCUCUCACCAGACCCGAGCUACGUCCCUGCAUCUGUGGACCAAAGUUAUCAGGACUGUGUCCCCUCGGAAGUAAACCAGCCGAUAGAUGCAGAAUAUGGAUUCGGAUUCAAUUCGCUGUUGAGUUCUGCUGAGAUGACGGCCAUGGCGAACUCGAUCGAAGUCUAUGAUGCUGAGUGGGUUUCAAAUGCUAUGGUAACGCAUGGGAUAUGGUAG